UUCUGCAAGUAAACACUGGCAGAGUCAGCUGCUGAGAUCAGCGCAGAGCCAGACAAUCUGCCGGUGCAUGACUCCAGCUCACAAACUCAUAUCAGAACUGUGGAAAUAGGGGGUUGAUUCACGCACAUACACACAUACACACAAAACCAUAAUCUUAGCCAUGUCGUAUCCUCAGGGCUACUUGUACCAACCGUCAGCUUCUUUAGCUCUUUACUCGUGUCCAGCGUACAGCACAAGCGUAAUAUCGGGACCCAGGACGGAUGAACUCGGGAGAUCUUCUUCGGGAUCUGCGUUUAGUCCGUACGCCGGAUCGACAGCGUUUACAGCUCCUUCCCCAGGCUAUAAUAGCCACCUCCAGUACGGUACAGACCCGACCGCUGCUUUCACUUCCUACGUGGGCUCUCCCUAUGAUCACUCGACGGGAAUGGCUGGAUCUAUAGGAUAUCACCCGUACGCUGCUCCUUUAGGUUCUUAUCCCUAUGGUGACCCAGCUUACCGAAAAAAUGCCACCAGAGAUGCCACUGCCACCCUGAAAGCCUGGCUCAGCGAGCACAGGAAGAAUCCUUAUCCCACCAAAGGCGAAAAGAUCAUGUUGGCCAUUAUCACCAAAAUGACUCUGACUCAAGUCUCCACUUGGUUCGCGAAUGCCAGGAGGAGACUGAAGAAAGAGAACAAGAUGACCUGGACUCCCAGAAACAGGAGCGAAGACGAGGAGGAAGAAGAGAACAUAGACCUGGAAAAAAACGACGAUGAAGAGCCGCCGAAAUCUUUAGAAAAGGGAAACUCGUCGGAAUCAGAGACAGGGAAUCAGAAAACGAACAUAGUAGAAAUCGCCUGUGAAAGAUUUGAGGAACAAGAUCCCAGCAAAGAAAGUGGGCAGAUCCUUUGCGAUUCGGAAUUAAAAGACGCAGAGGAAAGAGAAACCAUUCACUCCCCCAAAGCCACUACUUCUUCUCUGGUUGUGCCUCCUGGAGCUGAGCUCUUACACGAAAGCAACGACCCUGAAUUGGAAAAUGCACAUACAAACCGAACUCACACUCUUCCGAGUAACACAGCGAACUGCAAUGUGACUUCAGUCAUCCAUUCCCCCCCGGCAACAAGCUCCAAGCCCAAACUCUGGUCUCUGGCGGAAAUCGCCACCUCGGACAAGUCGAAGGAACAGAGCGAGCUACUACAGAGUGCGUGCCCGGGUCAGGGUUGCGGCGUGUCGGCCAGCGCCUCGUCUCCGUCCCGUUCCCCUUGUCCUUACCCGAACAGCGCCGUGCUGGGUCGGCCUCUCUACUACACCUCGCCCUUCUACACGGGCUACACGAACUAUGGCAGCUUCGGGCACCUUCACAGCCACCACGGAGGUAACAGCACAACACACUUCAGUUCCAAUGGAUUAAGCCAGACUGUCUUAAGCAGAGCAGAGGCUCUGGCAAAACUCUGUCCGGAAGCUAAAACAAAGAGCCCGGCACAAAUAGAUCAUUGCAAGGACACAUCGUCUUAUGAUUUGAAGAAAGGUAUGUCCAAUAUUUAAUACUGGUUCUUCGCCGAAUUUCUGGACACUAUUUAUUAUUUGGCCAUGGCAAAGUAUUUUCCGUCAAGAUGGCAUAAAGUGACACAGAUUUUUAGUUUCUCAUAUGUUCGAAACGGUUGAUGCAAACUGUUCAAAAUGUAACAUCUGAAAUGAAUGUCUUAACCAACCACGGAUUAAUUUGUAUUGAGACUAAUUCUGUAUAUUUAAUGUAGCGGUUUUUUUGUAUUUAAGAAAAGGAUAAUACACCCUCUUUGAAGUAAAUUAUGAAACGAGUGUCCUGUACAGAUAUUAUUGUUGUUCUUUCGUAUAAUAUAUAAACAUAUCUAAUAUAAAUCUGUGUUUUUGAAAUGUUUCCUAGUUAAGAUAAUGGCAAAUUAAUUUAAGACGAAAGCUGCUUUCUCUAAAUGUGUGUCUAGGAGGGGGAGGUUUUAACAAUAUACAAAUUAGCCUCUAUCAGAGAGAAACAAUAAAUCCAAGGGCCGCUGCUGAGCAAAAUGUAAAUAUCGAAUUAAAACACAGUUUCGGCUUCCAUAUCCAGGCGGGCAUUGCUAUUUGGCUUGGUUUGUUUUGUUGUCAAAAUGUGAAGAACUUUUAUUUUCAAAGAAAAUUAAUUCCAGAGAGUGUAGCACUUUCACUGUGCAGUUCGGGGAGUGCAGGAACUGGCUAGAAUAAUAAGGCUAAAACUAAAGUGCCAU